CCGACAAACCCACGCACACUUGCAGAUGUGCGUGAAGAGGUUGCCCAGAGCCUCGCAUUCCGUAUGAUCACUAAAGCACGCACCGUCGAUGGUGUGCGCAUAGGUGUUCACUUCACUUUCUCGAAGAAAGACGAUGGUCGCUUUCUUCGACUUGUCACUUCCCAUAUCCGUGCGCGACUACCUUCGUCUCGAUAUCUCUUUGCUAUAGCAACUACCGGUGCAUCCCCAACAAGUCGUGGUACUCGGGGUGGCGCUCGCAUUUCAAACGCACUGGUCAUUUGUGGGUCAGAUGAGGAUGAUGUGCAGCGUGCUGUACUCCUCGCAUCUUCCAAAUUUUUGGGACGCGUCGAUGCAGUUCAAAACACGGGUACUCUCCUUGCUGCCUCUGUAAGGCAUAUUGGCUCAUCUUAUGAUGACGCUGCCUUAUGGGACGUGUUGUCCAAGUCUGUACGCGCUCCCAUUGAUCCUCUUCUUCCUCCACCCGGAUCUCGCAGCAUUGAUCAACUUCUAUCUGAUGCUCGAUCAAAGCUCGAGCGAAUGACGCCCCGACAAGCCUAUGAUGCCCUUCACGACCCCACAUUUCCAAUGCCGGUUUUUCUUGUGGAUAUUCGCCCAGCUUCCCAACGUGCUCGUGAAGGCGGGAUCCACGGAUCCCUCAUCAUCGAGCGAAACGUUCUGGAAUGGCGCUUUGACCCUCGUUGCGAAGCACGACUCGCAAUUGCAGAUCGCUAUGAUUUAAAGAUAAUCAUAUACUGUCAGGAGGGGUAUACCAGCUCUUUGGCUGCGGCAUCCCUCCACGAGCUUGGGUUGCUCAAUGCGACUGAUAUAGUGGGCGGUUUUGCCGCAUGGGGUGCAGCUGGCCUACCAGGUCAGAUAAGGCCCCCGUCCACAAUCAGUGAUGAAGAAAGCUAUCAAAUUAGCCAGCCCUCG